AUGUUCAAGCGGCUGAGCAAGGCACAAGGGGUGAAGGAGGAUCUGAGCAGUGAUGAAGAAUAUGGCACUGUUAGUGUAGAUAAUAUUCUCGACGAGGACAGUGGGAGCGAUAGUGAAAGUGACGUUGAAAGUGGCACCGACGACGGCGAGGAUGAAGAGGACGAGGACGAGGACGAGGAGAAUGAGGAUGAGGACGAGGAGGAUACCGGUGCGCCAUUCACCGUCAAGCAGGCACUCAAAUCACCGAUAUAUGCGGAUCCAGACACCCUACCACGCACUUUGCUUCAAUACCGAUGCGUUGCAUGCCCCAUCAUCCAGUUAAAGAACGAAAAAAGUAUAGAGGUCCACCUGGAAAGCAAGUUUGUCGACAUGGAAUGCGAGAAAGAGGGAGACCGCGUGCUGCAUAUCGAUCCUCGGACACUUGUUGCACUGCUGGAAGAUAUACGUGCAGCCAACGCGCAAACCCCCAAAACGGACGCGCCCGCGCCCAAACGGAAACACAGUGACAAGGGCGAGCAUACAUCGCGUGCCGAGCGCAAGAAGGCAAAGCGCGCGCGGCGUCGUGAGCAGCGCGCAGCACUACAACCUGCCAAUUCGUAA